UGUUUCUCUAGGUUGUCCACUCCUUCAACGCCUAGAACACCAUCUUAAUUAUCUUGAGUGAGACAAGAGAAAAAAAGAAAAGAAAAGAAAAGAGAGAGAGAGGGAGCGUGAGAACCAAUAGGAAGACAACUGCCAUGAGUUACAAGCUUGAAGAUCACAUGGCACUCACCUCUCAAUUGUACCCAGGUGUAUUCACUCAAAUGGUUCCACAACAAGGUGAAUCUAAACCACGACGAAGGCGAAAGAAGAACAAAGACGCCGAUCUUAGUGGGGCAAGGAAGAGGAAACUUAAUGAGGAGCAAGUUAAUCUCCUUGAAAUGAAUUUUGGUAAUGAACAUAAGUUGGAAUCUGAGAGGAAAGACAAGCUUGCUUCAGAGUUGGGACUCGAUCCUCGCCAAGUUGCCGUUUGGUUUCAAAACCGGAGGGCAAGGUGGAAGAACAAGAAGCUAGAGGAGGAGUACACAAAGUUGAAGACAUCCCAUGAAAACAUAGUUGUCGAGAAAUGCCAGCUUGAAUCCGAGGUUUUAAAGCUCAAGGAACAACUCUCUGAAGCAGAAAAGGAGAUCCAAAGGCUGUCAGACCGUAUUGAUGGGGUUUCCACUAAUAGUCCUAGUUCAUCCUUGUCGAUGGCUAUGGACCCCCCAUUUCUUGGAGAGUUUGCAAUGGAAGGAUAUGAAGAUGCUGCUUUCUACAUGCCACCAGAAAACAAUUACAUUCCUGGCAUGGAAUGGAUUAAUCUGUAUAUGUAACUGGCUAGCUAACUGAUAUUACUAUAAUUAGGAUAAUGUAGAUAGUGAUUAAGUAACAAUCUAAUGUAAACAUCUUCUUCAUCUAGUGUAUCACGAGGUCUCUCUGUCAAGCUAGCUAGUAAUUGGAAAUGCAUGCCGAUAUUAAUUUAA